AUGGGUGCAGCUGUUGCAACAUAUGUGGCAUUUGCAAAUAAUCUUGCAAAUACAAGUGCUAAAUAUCUGUCAAUUGGUAUUCUCCCAUGUGACAUGCUGUGGCCGUGGGUGGCAACACAACUUAAUGAAUCAGUCUCACAAAACAACGUUUAUCGAUCAUGGGUGGAUGACAACUUACCCAGUGGCAUUUCAACUACUCAGAGUUUUGUCAAUAAAUUUUUCAAUAAGGAUGAUAAGGAAAAUUGCCAGUUAAUUUUCAACGAAGGGAUUAUCAACGAGCUUAACUUCUUUUGCUCUGCUUGUGGCGAAGAUCCUGUGGAUUAUUCCUUCGGGAAACGACAACAAAACUUUAAUCUUUGA